GUGUGUAUUGAUUUGGCUCUUCUCGGUUUAAAAUCGCUCCCGCGAACCCCAUCCUGGUUCAAGAAUGCAAUGAAGAACGAACACACAUGGAAAUUUCCCUACCGCUCCUGCCCAAAUUAAAAUUUAAAAAAUUGAAGUAAACUCUUAAUCGCAGUCCAAGGUCACCGAUAAGUCAUUCUGUUUUCUACCUUAGGUUUCCUACUUUUUCCGCAUACCCUGAUAGAGUAUGAUCCGUAGCUCUGCCCGACAUUUUAGUUCUCUCAUCCGAUGCAUUCACAGUGGCAACAUCGGCUCCGCAACAAAAUAUGCAACAAAGUAUGACUCCAGCCACAUGCCGGAUACUAAAGUUACAACUCUAAAAAGAAACGGCUUCCGCGUUGCCUCGGAAAACUGGAACACCCCGACUUGCACAGUUGGCGUAUGGGUGGAUGUUGGUAGCCGGUUUGAAUCCGAGUCCAACAACGGUGUUGCUCAUUUUUUGGAGCAUAUGGCCUUCAAGGGUACCGGCAAACGGACUCAACACUCAUUAGAAUUGGAGGUGGAGAAUAAAGGAGCCCAUUUAAACGCGUACACAUCCCGUGAGAUGACUGUUUACUACGCAAAGUGCUUCACUGAAGACAUACCGUGGGCGGUGGAAUUACUUUCGGAUAUCCUCAAAAAUAGUAAGUUUGAGGCUAGUCAAAUCGAGAGAGAACGUGGGGUUAUUUGUCGAGAGAUGGAGGAGAUAGAAAGUAACUACCAGGAAGUCAUUUUCGACUACCUCCAUGCUACCGCUUAUCAAGGAACUCCUCUUGGAAGAACAAUCUUAGGCCCGGUUGAAAACGUAAAAAGAUUACAAGCCGCUGAUUUGAAAAAUUUCAUAAAAUGCAAUUACAAGGCUCCUCGCAUGGUCCUCUGUGCUGCUGGAGGCAUCGAUCAUUCUCAGCUUGUGGAUUUAGCCGAAGAAAAUUUCGGUGAUUUUCCUGCCUCUUACGGUGAAGGUGAAGGUACGCCAAAUCUCGAACCAUGCCGUUUUACUGGAUCGGAAAUCCGUGACCGGGACGACGCCAUUCCCUUGGCCCACGCCGCUAUUGCGUUUGAGGGCCCAGGAUGGACGAGCCCGGACACUCUGGCCUUAAUGGUGGCCAGCAGCGUUCAUGGUGCUUGGGACAGAAGUUAUGGAGGUGGGGCAAACGUUGCCAGCAAACUGGCGGCGAAAUUUUUCAGCGAGGACACCGUUCACAGUUUCCAACACUUUUUCACUUGCUAUCACGACACUUCUCUAUGGGGUGUUUACCUGACUUCCGAAAAGUUGGGGCUUUUGGAGGCUGUGAGUGAAUUUAUGAAGGAGUUCGUGCGGAUGUGCACACAAAUUACGCCGCAUGAAAUCGAAAGGGCCAAGAACCAACUGAAGACACAUCUCUUGCUUCAGUUAGAUGGGACUACUCCAAUCUGCGAAGAGAUCGGACGCCAUAUGUUGGUUUAUAAUCGUCGAAUCCCGCUUUCAGAGAUGUUUGAACGCAUCGAUGUGCUUUUAGCCGAGAAUGUACGUGAAACAUGCCUGAAGUACUUCUACGAUCGCUGUCCAGCUGUUGCUUCAUUAGGACCAAUCGAGACCAUGCCAGAUUACAAUAGACUCCGAGAUCAGACUUGGUGGCUUCGUCUGUAGGACUUCCUCUCAAGACACUUUCCAAACCAAUGUAGCCUAAAUAAUCAUUGGUGAAAAAGCACUCUCUUCAUGGAAUAUACUCCCUUUUCGAUGAUAUCUGUGUAAAGCCGUUUGUGAACUUUGUUCAUGACAAUACACUAAUUUUACUCUG